UACCCCUUUUUCCUUUCCUCUGUAAAUUUCUUUUACAAGAUUUCAUUUUGAAUUUCUUUUUGUUCUUCUUGGCAUGUGUUAAUCUUCGUAUUCUGUGCUUGCCUUUGGUUGUUUUAGCUAAACUAACGUGCCAUAGGAGAACAAAGUGUUCCUUUAAUAUAAUUAGCAUCAUAGAAACAAUGGUGAUUUUGCAAAAAUUUUAUGGUGGUUAUGUGUCUUCAUCUAAAGUUUUGGGGUUGUGGGGUGGGUAUAUGGACUCAAGAUUAUACUAUCUUGGCUAUUGAAACUAGAGGAAAUUAGGGAAAAGUAAUUCUUCUUUUUUACUUCCUCUUUUUGGUUUAACAUGUGGGCGGACUUACGUGUAAAGUAUUAAGACUUUUAUUAUUGAUCGAGCAGAUUUCAAGUUUGUGCUUUUAGAGUGCUAUCCUUCAUUUCAUUUCUUAGAGCCUAUUUGGAUGAACUAAUUUCAAGCCUUUGGAAAGAUAGGAAAUUAUAACAAUACAACCCCAGUGACAAAAUGUAUGAUUUUAAUUGUAAAAAAAUAAUUUAUAAUGCAUCUCUAAUAGCUGAUCGACUAAGAACGGAAGUUUUCAAAUGACAUCUAAAAAUCAAAAUUGAAAAUGGUCACAAAAAUGAGUAGCUGUUGAUGUGGAGAGAUGCUAUUCGUGUUGAGUAGCUGUUGAUGUGGAGAGAUGCUAUUCGUGUUUACUUGAACAGGCUAAAUAUAAUUUGUGUGUGCAAAUAGAUGGACUUCAAUUCAUUUGCAUUCAAGUGGAGCUUUAAGGCUUUAGUUAUUGUGCUAUUUUCCGGUUCCUCUAUAAGAAAAGAAAAAUAUUCUCAUUUGCCUUCUGCCUGUGGACUUUAUCGGUGUCUGUCUCUAGAUGUUGGGUGGUGUAACUUCUGUUUCCAUGUUCACCAAUCAAACUGCUAAUGGCUUUCAAAUUGCUUCUUUUUUGUUUGUUAGAUCUUCCAACCUGUCCAAGAAGUACUCAAUUCCACAACCUUUUUUCAAAAUUCCUGGCAUUAGGGAACAUAUUUUCCAAUUUGUAGCCAGUAAUAAUGGAAGCCUUGCCAGAAAGAACAUUGUCUUUGCUAUUCCAAAUGGAAAGGACGAUGCUGAAAAAGAAGGUUCAGAUUACUAUAUUGAUUAUCCAGUUGCCGUUGAUCGGAAACAAGAUAAGAAUUCUUGUGCGCCAGAGAUGGAAACAACUUUUUCCUUGUUGCCAUGUGGUGAGGGUACUCCUAAAAGUAAUGAGAUCAAUGGUAAGGAAGAUGGCUUACUUGCUAAGCUGAUUGCUGUUCAUUUGCAUGUACUGGCAAUGGAACAAUGGAACGCCUCCAAACUUAAAAUGUCCCACAAAAAUUACUUGGUCAGUGCGACAAACCUAAUUCAUUAUUUGGCAUUGAAAAGCCUUGACGUAGAGCAGCUUGAAGAAGAACUUUCUUCCAUUGGUCUCCUGAAUUUAGACACAAUUAAUCAACAUGUUCUUGCAAGUCUUUCUGCAGGCAUCCGGCUGUUAGAUAACUUGAAAUAUGAUUCUUCAAGUCGUACUGUCUCAUAUAGUGAAGGAAUCUCUUCAACCAAAAGUCUGGACAAACAAAUCAACGGGGAAUUUUCUAUUAGUACACUAAGGAGGAGGGCAUCCCAUACUGGAGACCUGUUAUUGGGCAGAUUGCCAGAGAAGAGAAAAACUCAUAUCAUGGUAACAGUGGGCCAAGAAGCUAUAGAAAGUGAAACACUAGUGAAAGAUCUUCUAAAUGCUGGAACUACAAUUGUUCGUAUCAACUGUGCCCAUGGAAGCCCUGAAAUUUGGAGUGAGAUCAUCAGAAGGGUGAAAAGAAGCUCUCAAAUCCUUGAAAAGCCUUGUCUAGUUCUCAUGGACUUAGCUGGGCCCAAGCUUCGAACUGGAACGCUGCAGCCCGGUCCAUGUGUCUUGAAAAUAUCUCCCAAGAAGAAUGCUUAUGGUCAAGUGAUAUGUCCUGCCCUAGUUUGGCUCUCAAGCCCAGGAGCUGGUUCUCCACCUGCCCAUGUAUCCCCUGAUGCUGUUCUACAUGUGGACGGUGAAGAACUUCUUAGUAAGCUGGAGCCGAAUGAUGUUGUGACAUUAUCUGAUGCUCGUGGAAAACAAAGGACACUGAAGAUCUUAAGCAAGUAUCCUGUUUUCUCCGGCAUUGGAUUUAUGGCUGAAUGCAGCAAGACUGCUUAUGUCAAGUCAGGUGCAAAAUUGUUUAUCAAGGACAAGAGAAAGAAAUUUUCAGCUGGACAUGUAGUAAACAUUCCUCCUCUCAAGCAAUUUAUCAGAUUAAGGGUUGGUGACUUGCUGUCUAUAUCACGAGAUAGUCAAAAUGAAGAAAACAAGUUGAAGUAUUCUUCCACUGGUGCUCACAGGAUAACCUGCUCAUCUGGAUAUGUUUUUGAUUCAGUGAAGCCCGGGGAACCAAUUUCUUUUGAUGAUGGGAAGAUAUGGGGUAUUAUUAAAGCAACUAGCACUUCCGAAAUUGUUGUAUCAAUCACCCAUGCAAGUCCUACAGGUAGUAAACUUGGGUCAGAGAAGUCCAUAAAUAUUCCACGGAGCAAUAUUCGGUAUGAAGGCCUCACUUUAAAGGACCUUAUAGAUCUCGACUUUGUGGCCGACCAUGCAAACAUGGUGGGGGUAUCAUUUGUCCGAGAUGUCAGUGACAUUCUACUGUUGUGCCAAGAACUUGAGAAGCGGAAAAGAGGGGACUUGGGGGUUGUUUUAAAGAUUGAGACAAAAGGAGGAUUUGAGAGAUUGCCGCUCCUACUACUGGAGGCAAUGAAAAUGCCAAAUCCUUUAGGCAUCAUGAUUGCCAGAGGAGAUCUUGCUGUAGAGUGUGGAUGGGAAAACAUGGCAUAUAUACAGGAGGAGAUAAUCUCCGUCUGCAAAGCUGCUCAUGUUCCUGUCAUUUGGGCAACACAGGUCCUGGAGUCGCUCGUCAAGUAUGGGGUGCCCACUAGAGCUGAGCUUACUGAUGUGGCAGACGGAAUGAGGACAAGUUGUAUCAUGUUGAACAAGGGUAAAUGCAUUGUGGAAGCUGUUGCUUUCUUACACAGAAUAUUGAGCGAUCACUCCAUGAAGCCAAAUGCGGAAUUUAAGCCUCUUGCUUUAUCCAGCCAUGACUCUUAGUGCUUUGACCGUACGAGUAGCUGCUGAUAUAUUCUCCCCACUCGUAUACAUCAAUAUUAAGCGAAACCAAACAAUUAGUAGUAGUUUACAAUCCUAUUAUCUUAACAGUUGAAGAACCAUGUGAGACCAGUGUUCAAAUCUAAACUAAGACAAAAAUACGAAGUGAUCUCUUUGUUUUCCCAAAUCUUUGGAGGUACUGCUAAUGUAAUUCUUGGUGCUUGUACUUGUAGAAGGUGGCAUGUAACUGGUGAAAUAGUCGAAGUAUGCGCAAGCUGGCCGAACACCGAUGUUAUCAAGACUUCUUCCUAACGGCACACUGUAUAUAAUCUUGAGAUGGCCAAUGUGAACAGUAAGUGGUAUCUGUUGAUGAAAUGCCAUUGCAUGGAACUGAGGAAUGGGCGGAUGCUUAAACAUAGGUGGAUGUGGGACACAGAAAGAAUAGAUUCAGGUGCUCCUGAGUCAAGAGACUCUUCUCCCUAAGUAGCAUUUUUGUAAAAAGUGAUUUUUUGUUUUUUAGAGAUGCCCUUGAUGAUUCAGAUCUACCCCUUGCAUCUUCAUCCUUUUGAAAGCCAAGACCAUUCUUUUA